AAUUGGAACCGAAGAACGCAUCCUUCCUUCCGAUAUUGUACAGAGCAGCGUCUGUAAAUUUUGUUCACAUCCUUUCUCAAAAGGCAUUCGGUCGAACACUUUUCCCCUCUUGGGUUUUCUCAAAAUUUCCCUCCACUCGCCGCAUCUUUCUUCGAUUCGGAAACACAAACAAACGUUUAAUCGACGCAAGGCAAACCUUCAUUAAUCUGUUCCGUUCAAUACCCAGAACUAAAAAAAAGGCCAGUUUGGAUCAGUAGCAUGAAGAGAGGAUACCCAGAAUCGUCUUCGUCGGCCUCGGAGGGACCCUCUCACUCCAAAUUCAAAUACAACCCAGAAGGCGAUGCUCAUUUUCUGGAGGAUGAGAGUACAAAGAUUUUUGCCAGAAAAGUAGCUGACCAUUAUAGUGCAAGGAUGAAUCAAACUCUAGAAGAGCGAGAAGCUAGUCCUAUAAUCCAUUUAAAGAAGCUUAACAAUUGGAUUAAAAGCGUCUUGAUUCAUCUUUAUGCACAGCGAGGAGAUGCAGUUCUUGAUCUUGCUUGUGGCAAGGGUGGAGAUUUAAUCAAAUGGGACAAGGCGAAAAUUGGGUAUUAUGUUGGCGUCGAUAUUGCUGAAGGCUCGAUAGAAGACUGCCGGACGCGUUACAAUGGUGAAGCAGAUCAUCAUCAACGGCGUAAGAAGUUCACAUUUCCUGCACGCCUUAUAUGUGGGGAUUGUUUUGAGGUCCGCCUUGAUAAAGCAUUGGCAGAAGAUGCACCAUUUGAUAUUUGCAGUUGCCAGUUUGCAAUGCAUUACUCAUGGUCAACUGAGGCACGUGCACGUCGGGCCUUGGCCAAUGUAUCAGCUUUACUUCGUCCUGGAGGCAUAUUUAUUGGAACUAUGCCUGAUGCCAACGUUAUCAUAAAAAAGCUUAGAGAAGCUGAAGGACUGGCUUUUGGAAAUACUGUUUAUUGGAUACGUUUUGAUGAAGAGUUUUCUGAGAAGAAAUUUAAAUCUUCAAGCCCCUUUGGUAUAAAGUAUCAGUUCCACCUUGAGGAUGCUGUUGAUUGUCCUGAGUGGAUUGUUCCCUUUCAUGUCUUCAAAUCAUUGGCAGAAGAGUAUGAUUUGGAGCUAGUCUUUGUGAAGAACUCGCACGUAUUUGUGGACGAAUACUUGAAGAAACCAGAAUUUGUGGAUCUAAUGCGGAGGCUUGGUGCUCUGGGAGAUGGCAACCAAGACCAGAGUACGUUGUCAGCAGACGAAUGGGAAGUAGCUUAUCUGUAUCUGGCGGUUGUACUGAGGAAGCGAGGCCAACCAGACCAGAAAAGAGUAAAUGUUCGACGUGACAGAGGCAAGAUGCACCUAUCAAAGGAAGACAUUAUGUGUAUCGACAAUGAAAUAUGAUUAUACAUCAUAAGUUAUCCCCAUGACCCUCUCCGGGAUGGCUAUACAAGGCAUGGAAACAUGUUCUAAGCCACAGAUGAUGAACAAAUGAUAGAUGCAUUAAGCAUAGCGCUCAUCGGGUUCAUUGUAUAUGUGGCACUUCUAGUAGAUUCUGUUAAAGGCCAUGAAACAUUGUUUUUUAUAAGCUCAUGGCACUUGGAUGCGUUAAUAUAAUUGACGAUGGAUUGACUUAGUAGAGAAGCUUCUGCAAGAGCAAGACGUAACUGUAUGCUACACAAAUUUGAUUCGGAUGGUAAAAUGCUCAAUUUUUGUUUCUCA